AACUCCAAUAGAUAUCAAUAUAAAGUACCGUAUUUUUCGCUCCAUAAGACGCACCUGACCAUAAGACGCACCCUAGGUUUUAGAGGCAGAAAACAGGAAAAAAAAAAUUCUGAACUAAUGGACUGCAGACACAGUACAGGAGAUGACCAGAGACUGCGGACACAGUACAGGAGAUGACCAGAGACUGCAGACAUAGCACAGGAGAUGACUAGAGACUGCAGACAUAGUACAGGAGAUGACCAGAGACUGCAGACACAGUACAGGGAUGACCAGAGACUGCAGACACAGUACAG